AUGGACGAAAAACAUCCCGUGGCAGUACCGCAGCACCCCGGCACCGAUCGCGCAGAUGAUGCUGUUGUUUAUCUUGAGGGUCAUGCAAACGAUGCGGACGGCCCACAGGUCGAUCUGCGGGCCCUCCGCCGCAAGAUUGAUCUGCGCUUGAUGCCGUACAUGUUCUGUUGCUAUAUUUUACAGUUUCUCGACAAGGUCAUGCUAAAUUAUGCAGCCGUCAUGGGGAUAAAGAAGGAUUUGAAUCUGGUCGGAAAUGAUUUUUCUAAUACUGCUACCUGGUUCUUCAUUGCAUAUUUGAUUGCAGAAGUUCCCAAUGUAUACUUUUUACAAAAGGCACCUCCUGCCAAAUGGCUUGGAGGAAAUGUUUUCCUUUGGGGCAUCGCUGCCGCCGCGUCAGCUGGCGCCCAGAACUACCGCGGUUUGCUAGUCGCCAGAAUAUUCCUGGGAAUUUUCGAAGCUACCGUCGGGCCAUCUUUGAUGCUUAUUAGCAGCCAGUACUACACACGCAGCGAGCAAGCCCCUCGCUUCACUGUUUGGUACAUGGGUCUUGGCGUCGCUCAAAUCCUUGGAGGGCUCAUUUCUUUCGGCUUUCAACACGUGAAUAAUGCUUCAUUGGAGGGAUGGAGAAUUAUGUUCAUUGUCCUUGGUCUGGUCACAGCUGUGGUUGGUUGCUUGACAUUCUUUUUCAUCCCGGACACACCAAUGAAAGCCACUUGGUUGACUGAGCAUGAGAAGGUUGUUCUCCUGCGACAUGUCAGUGAGAACCAAACCGGGGUAUGGAGUACGACUCUGAAUCUGAGCCAAAUCGUCGAGGCCAUCCUGGAUCCACAGCUAUGGCUGCUGACCGUGACAACAAUUCUGAUCUCGGUAUCAAGUGGUGUAGUGACCACAUAUUCGUCUACUUUGAUUGCUGGAUUCGGAUUUUCUGGUCCAAUCUCAGCCCUUCUCAACAUGCCCUCGGGGAUAGUCAGUAUCUUCUUUACAUUGUUGGUUGGAUUUGGCAUUCGGAAAACCUCUCACCGUUGGGCUUGGAAUGCAUUCUGCACCAUCCCUGGAAUCAUCGGUGGUGGGCUCUUGUCAUUCCUACCGAAAAGCAACACGGCAGGCGUUUUGAUCGGCAUUUACCUGGUGAACGCAAUUGUAGCCACUCUGCCAAUUCUCUACCAGUGGACCAUGGCCAAUUGUGCCGGUCACACGAAACGGGCCUUUGCCAGUGCCUUGGUUGCUGGCUCUUUCUCAGUGGGAAAUAUUAUUGGCCCUCAGACAUUCCAGUCGCGAGAUGCGCCAGAAUACCGACCCGCCAAGAUUGCUGUUCUUGCCACACAGGCUGCUGCGGCUGUGCUGUCAGUUCUUCUCUUUGCCUACUACAUGUGGCAAAACCGCCGCAGAGACCAGACCAGAGGUCUCGUGGACGAGAAUAUGAUCGAUGAGACAAAGUGGGCUGGGCUCACAGACAAGCAAAAUCCCUCUUUCCGUUAUGUCUACUAA